AUGGAAAACACGGCCUUGUAUUCUAUUCGAAUGGACAUCCUUUUUAAUUUGGUAUUUUACAACGUAAAUUCGAAAACAGAUAAUUUUCGCUUUGAUGAUUUGGCAGAGUAUGUGCCUUCCGAAGUAUGCUGGCUUUUACGGAACAUUGGGCUAGACUUUGAUUAUAGCCCCAACUAUCACCAUGUUGAGUCGUUCUUUUCACUAUCCGAUGAUAUAUUUAGACAAUCCCCCAAGUUUGCACUGCUGAAAAGGCUGCUUUAUUCUUCUCACUAUAGUGGCAAUCAAUUUUUUAAUGAAAUUGCGGCAAGGUUUCAUCUCCCAAUUGCCAAUCAAUUUUUUUUGGGACAAGCAUUGGUUUGUUCAAUAGCCUGUCUGACGGCUUAUUUGUUUUCCAAAGUUUUGUAUUUCUUGAAGUCUAAAUCUAACGAGCUGCCGCAGAGAUUCCAUUUCCUUUAUUACUGUCUUAGAUAUGUAUAUUCUCUUUUGGACUAUCCGUUCUACACCCUGAGUGAUGAAAAAAUCAUUUUGGACCCUUCGUUUUCAUUUUCUACAUCCUCGUUCAACUUUAAAUCGAUUUGCACGCUUUUGAUGAUUCAGUUUGAAACCCUUAUUACGGUUACCUCUUUAGCCCAUAUUGGAAGGCCCUCGACCGGCUUGGUUAAAUUUUUCACGUAUUUACAAAGCAUCAACCUGUCUUCUAUUGAUAUUGCCUCCAUCCUGGCUUAUCAGAAAAGAUGGCACAAUUUAAAUGCCAAAAUUCCAGAUUUUGACUACAUCCUCCAUUUUUCCGUUCUGAGCUACCCGAUUUCCCUGCCAUUGUUAUAUGUGGCAUCGUAUCCCAUCGGUGAAGAGUUAAUUCACCCUGACAUAGGGUAUCCUGACCUUCAAAUGGACACAGAGGACAAUGUUUCCGCUGCUAACCACCAAACAUCCACAUGGGAUAGGCUUCCUGUGCAUUGUAGAUAUUUUUUUUUGCGGCUUUUAAAGCCAUCUAUGCUUUCAACGGCGAUUUCUGGAAAUUCUCACUGUCUUUCCACCUCAAUGGCAACACGUGUAAACGUUCAAGUUGAAGAUGCAGAGUCUCAUCAUAAGAAAAUCGGGGUUUUAGAGUUUAAAAAAACAGGGACCUCUUUCCAGAUUCCAGAAACCUGCUCCAUCAUGAAGCUUUUUUCGUGCAUGGGCGACCAGGGGAUCUUUUCGGCAGAUAACGCUUUCGUAACCUUUUUGCCCAUUUCUAUCCCACGCCUUGCAGACGUUUCUGAAGAUUUUAUUGUGCUGCAUACCAAGAAAUCAUCGCAGAAAACGCUGUUUUCUUGCUCUCCCAGCCGUUUCCACAAUGUCAAAUUUCCCUAUCUUCCUUUGGAAUUUAGCGAACUUGAUUUGGUUUCGUUUAGGCCGAUAUUGGAGUCUUUUUCCUCAACAUUGCGGUGUUCAUCAACCAUUGCUUAUUCUUUGAUCGGCUUUUUUGAAAAUUUGAUUAUGGAAAACGAGGAUCAAAUGAUUGCUGGCCAUGGCCUAUCGAUCAGCGCUUUAAGAGACGCCUCAAGAAUGCUUCAAAUCUGCCAUUAUUUAUAUGCCACCGACAGAUUGGAUGAAGCAAAUGCAUGGUUAAAGAUAUAUUUCGUGGUAUCUUCGACCAUCGACUGUUCGUUGUUGGAGUUUAGAAGCGAAAUACUUGCAAACAUGCGACAUAUUAUCGGCCCCAACGACAGCCAGUUUUUCAAAAUAAUUUUACACUUCCUUUCCAAAGUGCAUCCCAAAAACUUGCUUUACAUCUUCUUUGCCAGACUUUGA